GAGACUUGGAAGUAGACCUCUAUAUCCUAGUGAUAGAUAUACAAUCGUACGUGCACGAGAGGAUUUAAUGAGGACUUGUCUGUACCCUAUUUUUGUUUCCGUGUGUUAGUCGAAUAUUCAGAAAAGGCAAGUGAUGUCUUCUACAUAUUGUCUAACUAGAUGUGGGAUGUGUGCAAAUCUUAGUAUACUCCAUUCUGAUUGCAAACAAUGUGGGAACAUCUGUGAAAACUGUUCCGGGCUCCAUAGCAAAGGGAAAGCCUUCAAAGAUCAUGAAGUGAAAUACAUAGCUCUUUCACGUGGGAUGGAGACGAAUCCAAUCAGUAAGGAACCUUCCAUUCAACCUGACAUUCUUAAGAGUACCCCCACCACCACAACACCGGAUAAUCCUCCUUCUACACCAAAUACAUCAGGUAUUCAAAAGAAAAAAACUUUGAAACGAAAAUCAGCUCAAGAUAGCAUGAAGGGAAUGGAGAAAGCUUCUUGUCCAAAACAUAAAUCUUAUACUGUGGAUUUAUGUUGUCAGGAUUGCAAUCAAGCAGUAUGUUCCCAGUGUAUGACCACUGCUCAUACUGGACACAGAACUGGAGAUUUUACCGAAUUUUUCGAAAACAAAAGAGCUAUGUUGAGAAAUGAUUUAUACCUCAUCCAGAGCCAUAUCAAUCAAAGAGAGGAAGCAAAACAGCAGUUGGUCGAACAUCUAGAAAAGAUGGAAAAAGCUACAGAAAACGUUGUAAAGGAGGUUAAAAAUUUCAUUGAAAAAAUGCGAACAGCCAUUCAUCAGAAAGCGGAAGAUCUGAAAACACAUACUAAAGAAACCAAAAAGCAGAUUACUUCUAGAAAGGGCGAGUUUGUCAAAGAAAUUAACAAACUAGAAACCUUACGUAAAAAAUGUCAAGAUGAGCAGGAUACUAAAGAUAUGGGAGUUGUUCUCUUCAGAAAGGAUGUGGCAUCCUCGCUCGAGAACUACAAAACUCUCCCAAGCUCGUACAAAAUUACACCUCCAGCAUUUAUUCCAGCGGCAUUAGACAAAGAUAUUAUUAAUAGUUUUGGAACCAUUGUUUCCGCAAUUAUUGAGGAGGAAACUAUUUCUUUUAAGCCAUCAUCUGUUCCAAUAAAAAUGCCAGGUAAAAAGAAGAAGAAAGGUGUUAACAGUACUCCAUCGCCUGUCUCGACAGCCAGUUCUGCCACUGCUCAAGAUCAUGAAAUAUUUCAAAAUGCAGUGAAAUCAAUUUAUCAUGAGCUUGGUAAGCACAUUAAUAAAAAAUGAUGAAGACAAAUGGAACUAAAUAUUUCCUUCAAAUUUCAACCAGCAUGGUGAAAUAAGGGAAAUCCUUUUUUUUCAAUUUAGAUAAUCAAAUAUGCCCGCAGUGGAGAAAUAAAGAAAUACGUUGAAAGAAAUUAUCUAAGAAAUGUACUAUGAUCACAGUGAUGUAGUCAGUUAUAAGAGAGAGAGAGAGAGAGAGAGAGAGAGAGAGAGAGAG